CCUUUCCCUGUCUCUCCUUAGGGUUCUCUUCUCUCUCUAGAUAAAACAGCUCUCGACUCACUUCUCCCCAAAAAGGAGAGAGAGAAAAGUUUCCUAGUUCACAUAAUGGCCCUCGCCACCGGCUCCUCCUCCUCACUCUCUACCAAAUCCCUCCUCCCGCCUUCCGGCGGUGGCGGCGGGCAUCAACUCCACCUCCCCUCCCUCCUCCGCGCCGCCGGGCGGCGGCCCUACCCCCGACCCAUCUCCGCCGUCCACGCGGCGGAGCCCGCCAAGAACCCCGUCGUCGCCGACAAGCAGAAGGCUGCUUUCUCUGCGCGGCCGGGGAAGUGGGCGGUGGACAGCUGGCGGACGAAGAAGGCGCUGCAGCUGCCGGAGUACCCGAACGAGGAGGAGCUGGAGUCGGUGCUCCGGACGAUCGAGAGCUUCCCGCCGAUCGUGUUCGCCGGAGAGGCCCGGCACCUGGAGGAGCGCCUUGCGGAGGCCGCCCUCGGCGAGGCCUUUCUCCUUCAGGGCGGCGACUGCGCCGAGAGCUUCAAGGAGUUCAACGCCAACAACAUCCGUGACACCUUCCGCAUCCUCCUCCAGAUGGGCGCCGUCCUCAUGUUCGGCGGUCAGAUGCCUGUCGUCAAGGUGGGGAGGAUGGCGGGGCAGUUUGCGAAGCCGAGGUCGGAGUCGUUCGAGGAGAAGGACGGGGUGAAGCUGCCGAGCUACAGGGGGGACAACAUCAAUGGCGACGCGUUCGACGAGAAGUCGAGAACGCCGGACCCGCAGAGGAUGAUCAGGGCUUACUGCCAGGCGGCGGCGACGCUCAACCUUCUCCGGGCCUUCGCUACCGGUGGAUACGCGGCCAUGCAGCGUGUUACCCAGUGGAACCUCGAUUUCACGGGGCACAGCGAGCAGGGCGACAGGUAUAGGGAGUUGGCCCACCGGGUGGAUGAGGCUCUAGGGUUCAUGGCUGCUGCCGGGCUCACCGUCGACCAUCCCAUCAUGACCACCACCGACUUCUGGACCUCCCAUGAGUGCCUCCUGCUUCCCUACGAGCAGGCCCUUACUCGCGAGGACUCCACUUCUGGCCUCUACUAUGAUUGCUCUGCUCACUUCCUUUGGGUCGGUGAGCGCACCCGCCAGCUUGACGGUGCUCACGUCGAGUUCCUCCGAGGCGUCGCCAAUCCCCUAGGCAUCAAGGUGAGCAAUAAGAUGGACCCGAAGGAGCUUGUGAAGCUGAUCGAGAUUUUGAACCCCCAGAACAAGCCAGGGAGGAUCACUGUGAUCACAAGAAUGGGGGCCGAGAACAUGAGGGUGAAGCUGCCACAUUUGAUCCGGGCUGUCCGCCAAGCUGGGCAGAUUGUCACUUGGGUCAGCGAUCCGAUGCACGGGAACACCAUCAAGGCUCCAUGCGGCCUCAAAACUCGGCCCUUCGAUUCGAUUCUGGCCGAGGUGCGGGCAUUUUUCGAUGUCCACGAGCAAGAAGGGAGCCAUCCAGGAGGUGUGCACCUGGAGAUGACCGGGCAAAAUGUGACGGAAUGCCUUGGAGGAUCAAGAACCGUGACAUUCGAUGACCUGAGCUCGCGCUACCACACCCACUGCGACCCAAGGCUCAAUGCCUCCCAAUCUCUUGAACUGGCCUUCAUCAUCGCCGAGCGACUCAGGAGGAGGAGGAUUGCAUCAGGGCCCCUCAACCAGCACAGUCGCCCAGGAUCCUUGCCCUCCAUGGGGCUCUGAAUGGAGGAGAUGGAUGUAGAGAGUUGUUGAGCUUAAAAAUUAUAUAUGCUGGUAGCUUACUGGUUGUAUUUUUUAAGAUAAAGCAAUAUGUUCGUGUAAACUUAAAACAAUUGGGUUUGGUAUUUGAGAUGAGAAUAAAGAGGAAGGAGGCUCAGUCAAUGGGGAUUGUAUGUUUGAUGUCAAA